GGAGCAGCCUUUGCCUUUCAUCCCUCCGUUCCCUUCCCUCGCUGGGCGGCAGGAGUCCCCCUGCACCUCCGCAAAUCCCGGCCAUGCCGCUCAAGAAACCCGACCCCAAGAAGGAAUCGGCCAAAGCAGGCUCGGAGCGGGAGCCUGCCUUCGAUCCCAAGAGCGUGAAGAUUGAAUUCACAGCAGAGCAGAUCGAAGAGUUCAGAGAAGCCUUCGGGCUGUUUGACCGGACGCCCGCGGGGACGAUGCAGAUCAGCUACGGGCAGUGCGGGGACGUGCUCCGGGCGCUCGGCCACAACCCCACCAACGCGGAGGUCCUGAAGGUGCUGGGCAAGCCCAAACCAGAAGAAAUGAACACAAAGAUGCUGGACUUCGAGACCUUCCUGCCCAUCCUGCAGCACUUCACCCGCAACAAGGAGCAGGGCACCUUCGAGGACUUCGUGGAAGGGCUGCGCGUCUUCGACAAGGAGGGCAACGGGAUGGUGAUGGGGGCCGAGCUGCGCCACGUGCUGGUCACGCUGGGGGAGAAGAUGACGGAAAGCGAGGUGGAGCAGCUCAUGGCAGGGCAGGAAGAUGCCAAUGGCUGCAUCAACUAUGAAGCUUUUGUCAAGCACAUCAUGUCUGGCUGAAAGGAAAAACUUCAGGCUCUUGGAAAUGUUUGAACCCACCUGAGCACCAGGAAGAGGGAGAUUCCUCCAUCCCUGUCCUUUCCAUGGGAUGUUUCCACGUGAGCCACCACUCCUUGGUCUCCGUGUGUGUGCCUAAGCCUGGCAUUAAAUAAGACACUGGCAACUUGGUUUGAAACCUUAAGUUAUUCUUUUUGGGUUUUCCCUGCGACGUUUGGCUCAUUAAAUUAAUUUCUCCCUCCCU